AAAGUCGCCGCACAGCGUCCUCCGGCCUCUUUCACCCUGGCGAUCCGUUGGGAGUGUUCCACCAAAGCUCGUUAAGCUUGGUUUCUCCAGCUCGCUCCAGCUACCAAAGUUGGAAAAGUUUAAGUGGAGCACGCUUGUCGAAGAAACUGCUGGGGCGAAAUGGCAAAGGAAAAUCCGCCUUCGGUGGGAGAGGAUUCCAAGAUGCCAGGAAAACGCAGUGCAAAGAACCCAGUGCCAGAAGGGUCUCCUGAGACAAAGAAGGUUAAAGUCAGCCACCCAUCACACCGCUCACAGCCUGGGCUGGUGCUGACACUGGGCCAGGGUAAUGUCGGCCAGCUGGGCCUGGGUGAGGACAUCAUGGAGAGGAAGAAACCAGCUCUGGUCACGCUGCCGGAGAUGGUGGUGCAGGUGGAAGCUGGAGGGAUGCACACGGUGUGCCUCAGCCAGACAGGAAAGAUCUACACCUUUGGCUGCAAUGAUGAAGGUGCCCUGGGACGUGACACCUCAGCUGAAGGCUCCGAGACCUCUCCGGGGCCGGUGGAGCUGCAGGAGAAGGUGGUGCAGGUGUCGGCAGGGGACAGCCACACGGCCGCGCUGACCGAGGACGGCAGGGUCUUCGUCUGGGGCUCCUUCCGGGAUAACAAUGGAGUGAUUGGCUUGCUGGAGCCCAUGAAGACGAGCUCCGUUCCUUUGCUGCUCCAGCUCGACGCACCUGUUGUUAAAAUAGUUUCAGGAAAUGACCACUUGGUGAUGCUGACAGUGGACGGUGACCUGUUCACGUGUGGCUGUGGCGAGCAGGGCCAGCUGGGCAGAGUGCCAGCACUCUUUGCCAACCGAGGAGGACGGAAAGGGCUGCAGCGGCUGCUGGUCCCCCAGCUUGUCCCUGUCAGAGGCAAGGGGAGAAGAGGCAAAAUGCGCUUCCAGGAUGCUUUCUGCGGGGCCUAUUUCACCUUCGCCGUGACACAUGAGGGACACAUCUAUGGAUUUGGCCUCUCCAACUACCACCAGCUGGGGACCCAGGACACCGAGCCCUGCUUCUCCCCGCAGAACCUCACAUGCUUCAAGAACUCCACCAAGUCUUGGGUUGGGUUCUCUGGCGGGCAGCACCACACAGUCUGCGUCGACUCUGAGGGUAAAGCCUACAGCCUGGGCAGGGCAGAGUACGGCCGGCUGGGCCUCGGGACAGGGGCGGAGGAGAAGAGCACACCCACAGUUAUCCCGGAGCUGCCCAGCAUCGCCUCGGUGGCCUGCGGAGCGUCAGUCGGUUACGCUGUCAGCAGUGAUGGACGAGCAUUUGCCUGGGGAAUGGGCACGAACUACCAGCUGGGCACCGGGGAGGAGGACGAUGUCUGGAGCCCGGUGGAGAUGAAGGGGAAGCAGCUGGAGAACCGGCGCGUGCUGGCUGUGUCCAGCGGUGGGCAGCACACUGUGCUGCUGGUCAGUGAGAAGGAGCAGAGCUGAUAAAACGAUGCCACAGCGGAGCCCAGCAGGAUCACAGCACCCCCCAGACCCCCCCACAACUUCUGCCUGGGCUGGGGAGCCGAUUACUUGGGGAGGGCAGGAGGCUCAUGGAGCUGGGCCCAGCAGCGCCUGCAUGGGUGCCCAUGGGUUCUCCCUGCCAGCAUUUGUCUGUUUUCCUGUGGUGCCCAGUGCUGUCAGCUCCCUGGGUCAGCUUGGUCCUAAACUGAUUCCAGUUCUGUGCCUGGAUGGAUUUCCACUUCUUCUCAUCUGGUUUUUAAUAUUUCCCGGCCCAACAAAGCUGACGGUCUUGUUCUUCACUCUUCAAUCAGGUUUGGGUAUCAGUCUCCCGGAGGUCCCCGUGUUCCCCGUAUCUGGAUGCUCAUCCACCCCCCUCACCUUAAUUUACCUCUUUGGAGGUAAAGAUGGUAAAGGCCUAGAUGUGUCUGCUGCCACCCACCAAACCCCUCUGAGUCUGUUCCAGGCAGAUCUGAGUCCAGCAGGAAUGUGCCCAGGAAGCUCUGCCCUCUAAUCCAGAACUUGUGGUGGCUGUGGGGGAUGCUCUGCCUGGUGAGGGAGAGUGCUGCUGGAUGAUGCCCAGCACACACUGUGACUGCUGGAAAAGGGAAGGGGGAUUCCUGCCUCCCAUCCCUCGAGUAUCUAAACUGAACCCCCCAGGCAGUGAGACCCGGAGCAGGUUCCCCACUCCCCAUGGCCUGGAGCAGCCACCUCCAGCACUGCUUUUUGCAGUCCUGGCCACUCCCUCUUUGCCAUUGCCUUUGGAAACCCAAUCAAAUCCAUCCCACGGGUGGGAACACUGUUACUUUAAUUUUUUUUUUCUCUUUCGCUUGCUGAGGAAGGAGCUUCAUUUGCUGUUAGGGCUUGCUGAGCAGACACCCAGACCCCAGCUAUGCAUGGAGUCGCUGGUAACAACAGGGCUCCUCCUCCCCGUCGCCUUCCUGAUCCAGCUGGCCUUGCUUCCUGUGCCCAGCCUCCUCCAUCCUCUCACAGGAGGUACCUGGAGUGAGGACGGGUCUGUUGAGAGCUAAAUUAUAGCAAUAGGAGCCGGGGUUGUGGCUGGGGAGGGGUGGGUCUGGGAUUGUAUAAUGGUUCUUAAGGGGUUGGAUUUUUUUAAAAAAAGAAAAUGUAUUUUGGUUGAUUAAUCAAGGCAGAAAGGACAAAAAAACUCAUCUUUUAACAUUUGGAAUAAACUGAGUUUUGAUAAACAC